AUGGACGGCAACUCACCGCCCCCGUCGGCACGUGGGACCCCUGCACGCAGAGGCCGCCCGCCGAAGAACGCUAAUCGCACGCCCGUGCGCAACCCAGAUCCAGCCACGCCCGUCACCAGCCCCACAGACCAAGAUACCUCUGUUGUACUCUCUUCCAUGGACAUCCGCGUAGCAGGAACAACCCCGAUCGUAUCCGCUGACGGAUCCAACCAGAACACCAGCGGCGCAACAAACUCUUCGUCAGUCGCCUCAGCCCCCAAUUCCAGGCGCGGUUCUCGCAAAGCCAAGACGGACGCUAUCGCUGCCAUGCAAGCUUCCUCCACCGGCGACGAGUCCGACGACCCUCAGUUGAUGGGCGCCCUGCGCAACUCAAUGCCUAUCGAGGUCGCUCCCGUCUUGAAUCUCGCUUCGGUAAAGACAAUUAGCCCUAGGGAACUUCCGCCCAGGUCGACGCCACGGCCAUUUGGCCUCGAGGACUGCCCAGCGUUCUACCCAACCCCAGAAGAGUUCAAGGACCCCAUGGCAUACAUCCGCAAAAUAUCGGACAAGGCGACGGAGUACGGGAUAUGCAAGGUUGUUCCGCCUGUUGGAUGGAAGAUGCCGUUUGUCACGGACACUGAGAGUUUCCGCUUCAAGACACGUCUUCAGCGGCUCAAUUCCAUCGAGGCCUCCUCGCGCGCUAAGGUCAACUUCCUCGAGCAGCUGUAUCGCUUUCACAAGCAGCAAGGCAAUCCUCGUGUCUCAGUACCCACCAUCAACCAUCGACCACUCGAUCUGUGGCUGUUGCGCAAGGAGGUGCACAAGUUGGGUGGCUAUGAAGCGGUGACCAAAAUGAAGAAGUGGUCCGAUCUGGGUGCUCUGUUGGGGUACCGUGGCAUUCCGGGUCUAUCGACGCAGAUUCGGAACUCGUAUACCCGUGUGAUUCUGCCGUAUGAACACUACUGCGAGCGGGUGCGCAACUCGACCACGUUGUCGCCAAGCGUGCAGCGCGACCCCUCGCGCGCCCCUGGUGACUUGUGGCUCGCUGACUUCGGCAAAAUCGGGAAGAGCACGAGUAGCCCUCCGUCCAGUCCCCUCACUGCAUCGUCUUCUAGCCCCUUAUCCGAGCCGCCCGAAGAUGGUAGGCGGGGCAGACGCAGCGCUCGGAUGUCCACCGAUCGGAUGACCACUCCUGUGCGUCAGCUUUCAGAAGGCGGCACGACCCUGCCCUCGCCCGCCUUCCCAUCUCCUUCGUUCCGCGAGGCAAAGCGAGAGCCGCCAAAGGAUAAGCAAGAGCAAUCCUGCGAGAUAUGUCAGAAGAAGAAUCGCGGUGAAGAGAUGUUGCUCUGCGAUGGCUGUGAUUGCGGCUUUCACAUGUUCUGCCUUGACCCGCCUUUGUCGUCCAUUCCGAAGGGACAGUGGUUCUGCCAUACUUGUCUUUUGGAGACAGGCGGUGAUUUCGGGUUUGACGAGGGCGAGGAACACAGUCUGUCGACUCUGCAAGUACGAGACGCUGAAUUCCGGAGGAUGUGGUGGUCGAAGCAUGCACCAAACGCAAGUGUAAAGAUGGAUUAUGAGCCGAACGAUCCGACCGUUACUCGGGUCGGCGACACCGCGGUUUCUGAGGAGGAGGUGGAGCAGGAGUUUUGGCGCCUGGUCCAGUCACCCGACGAGACGGUUGAGGUUGAGUACGGAGCUGACGUCCAUUCUACCACGCACGGAAGCGCGAUGCCCACCAUGGAGACUCACCCCCUCGACCCCAUGGCAAAGGAUCCGUGGAACCUGAACAACAUGCCAAUCGUGUCCGAUUCUCUUCUGCGCUAUAUCAAAUCGGACAUCUCCGGAAUGACGGUGCCCUGGACCUAUGUUGGGAUGGUCUUCUCCACGUUUUGCUGGCAUAAUGAGGAUCACUACACGUACAGCAUAAACUUUAUGCAUUGGGGUGAGACCAAGACCUGGUAUGGUAUUCCCGGCGACGACGCCGAGAAGUUUGAGGCGGCCAUCAAGAGUGAAGCCCCCGAUCUAUUCGAGGCGCAGCCCGAUCUCCUAUUCCAGCUUGUGACCUUGAUGAACCCCGCGCGUCUGACGGAGGCUGGUGUGCGCGUGUACGCGUGCAACCAGCGUGCAGGCGAGUUCGUUAUUACGUUCCCCAAGGCUUAUCACGCGGGGUUCAACCAUGGGUUCAAUUUCAACGAGGCGGUCAAUUUUGCGUUGCCGGACUGGCUGAGGCUGGGACGGGACUGUGUGGAGCGGUAUCGGGAGCACAGGAAACUUCCUGUGUUCUCUCAUGACGAACUUCUCAUCACUAUCACCCAGCAAUCGCAAUCCAUCAAGACGGCCAUCUGGCUCGCGGAUAGCCUGAGGGAGAUGGUCGUCCGAGAGCUUGGAGAACGGGCGCGGGUCCGCAAGCUGGGGAUGAAGGAGGUGCUCGAGGAGGCAGACAAGCCCGAGGACCAGUAUCAGUGCGCGAUCUGCAAGAUGUUCUGCUACCUCUCGCAGGUCACAUGCCAGUGCAAGAAGGAGGUCGUUUGCGCAGACCACGUUGACCUGCUGUGCGAGCACAACAUGUCUCAGCUCACGCUGCGCCUCCGCUUCUCGGACGGAGAGCUGCAGGACACGCUCAGCAAGGUCGUCGAGCGCUCCGAGGUGCCCGGCGCGUGGAAGAAGAAGCUGCAGAAGGUGCUCGAGGAGAGCGCGCUCCCGCCCUUGCGAUCGCUCCGCGCGCUGCUCGCCGAGGGCGAGCGCAUCAACUAUCCACUGCCGGAGCUGCCGACACUGCGCAAGUGCGUGCAGCGCGCGAACGAGUGGGUCGACUCCGCGAACGGGUUCAUCAUCCGCAAGCAGAGCCGCAAGCGGUCGCGCAAACGCGGUCGGCCAUCGCACGCGGAUAUCGCGGCGAACGCUGCCGCCGCCGCCGCUGCUGCGCAGGACGAGCGCGAUCCUGGUGAUAGGCCUGAUCGUACGCUGAGCGACCUGUAUGCGCUCUUGCGGGAGGCGGAGAAUCUGGGCUUCGAUGCGCCCGAGCUUGGAGUGCUCGAGGCGCUGGCGAGGCAGGCGGAGGAUAUAUCGGCCAAUGCGCAGGUGCUGUGCAGGCAGUGGCAGAUGCAUAUGACUUCUGGGGAGCGCGAUGCGCUGAUCAAGGAUAGCGAGCGGCUGCUCCUCGAUGCGUCGUCGCUGAAUGUCUAUCUGGACCCGGUGCUGGAGAUCGAGAAGGUUGUGUCACGCGAGCGGCUGUUGGACGAACUGGGAAAGUCGGACGAUGACUCGAAGGACCUGGAUGAGGUGCGGCGGUUGCUGACGCGGGCCCGGGCGUGCGACCUCGCGCCGGACAACAAGUACGUUCAGCGCUUGGAGGCGCGGCACCGGGCGGGUGCGGACUGGGAGGAGAGGGCGAGGAUGAUGCUGGAGCAGCCUGGGAAGACCAUCGAGGAGCUGCAGGAGCUGCUGGGUAUGACGGAGUCGGUGCCUACCGACCCAACCAUCCACGAUCGGCUCAAGUCGGCGCUGGCCAAGGCGAUGGAUUUCGACAAGCAGGCAAAGGGCUGGGCGACAGCGGACGGGAUGGUAUCCAAGCCGACUCCGAGUCAGUUAAGCGGGUUCAUCGCGCGCUGCGAGAAGGACUUCCACAUUCCUUCGGUCAAGAAUUUGAGCCAUAUUGCUCAGUAUGGGCGCGAAGUCGAGGACAAGUGCGAUGCUGUUUUGCGCAACCGCUACCCGCACACGGAGAAGGACGUGUUCAAGGAGAUCGAGGAGUGGGGUCGCUACGCACGCCAACAUCUGUCCAUGCUUUCUCUUCCCUUUUUCCAACAGCUGGACAAGCAGUUGAACCUUCACUAUCGCUGGCUUGAGGACCUGCCGUGGUACUGCAAGGACCAUCCUUCUGGACACGGCUCGGAGAUCCUUGAUGAUGUCAUCGAGGCGACGCGUCCCGAGGACGAUCUGCCUCCGACGGACGAGUACUUCACGUGCAUCUGCCAGGACCCGGUUCGCCCGCCUCCCCCCGGUGGCCAGUCCGACGCGGUACAGUGCGACCAUUGCUUUGCGCGCUUCCACGGCAAGUGCGCCGCCAACGGAGGCUCGUGCCCGUUCUGCGACCACAACCACUGGAAUGGCAAGAUCCACAAAGAACGCAAUUGGCACUUUUGCUUCCUGCCCCUCAUCCUCACUCGAGCGCCCGAUCUCACCCACAAUUACUCGGAUACAUGGAAGCAGCUCGAGAUCAUCGUGCACCGCGUCGACCGGCUUUCGUCCGUCAUCGGCCACUUCCUCACCUUCGCGUCACAGGCCGGCAACCAGAAGACAUCGCUGUUACCUCAGGUCAGACACUAUAUGCGCAAGCUGUAUAAGAUCCAAUUCGCGGUGUCCCCAAGCCGCGAGAUCUCGUUCGGUCUGGACCUCGCGGGCCUGCAUCGUAUUCUGGCGGGGUUGCCGACGGAGAAGCCGCACAAGAAGCGCAGAAAGCCUAAGCUCGUGUUCGGGCCGGAUGCUGACGAGGAUUGGUACGAUGGCACGCGAUGCGUUUGCCGGAGGAACGCGGAUCCCAAGUUCUUGUAUACGAAGAUGGAUUGCGACCACUGCAAGCGGCGAUACCAUGCACCAUGUGUGCGCGUGACGUCGACACCGCUGCCGGACAAGUGGACGUGCCCAUUGUGUUGCGUGCGGAAGAACAAGUCGUAUCCGUUUGCGGAGGUUCGCGUUAAGAGGGCUGACGACGAUAGAUUGACGGAGAUGUGGGUCAACAUGCCAAAGACGUACGAAAUGCACGGUCAGGAGUUGAUUGUCGAGAGAAUGCCUCUUCCACGGCCAGACGCGAUUGUUCUGGACCUCGUCUCUUUCACGCCAUGGUCGCCUUCUGAUAGUCGCGAUCGCGAUCGUACCAGUACUACAAACGGCACCUUCGCAACGCAUGGGUUCCCUACCCCUGUGCCCACACACUCGCCACCAAACCAGCGCCCGUCAUCAUCGCACUCACAUCAUCAGCCUCCCUCACCAGCACCGACACCUCCGCGAUAUUGGAAUGGUUAUCUCCCCAACCGCGUCGGGCCGAACCCCUACCAAGCCAUGAGCAGCGUCCCCCCACCACCGCCGUGGAACUCUAGCUGGCACAAUCUCAUGGCGACCACUGGGGCACGCCCAUCAGGCGUUCCGCCUGAGGUCUCCGCUCCCUCCAUGUCCGCAACGACGUCGUCCUCGUCGUACGCCGGGAAAAAGCGCAAGUUCAUCGACGAGCCCGGCCCCGAGCGGCCCGAGAGCAGCGGGAGCACCAAUGGCACCGCCGCCAACAACGGACGCGAGCCCUCGCCCAAGCAGCAGCGCCGCUCCGUCCCGCACACACCCGUACCGCCGCCCGCGACCGUGCCGAACAAGGUGCAGACGCUCUCGCCCUCGCUCGCGAUGAUCGUGUCGCCUGUCGAUACGGAGCCGUCGCCGCGUCCUGCGCCCGUCCCGCGGCCGUCGUCGCCGCCGCCUCCUGCCAACACGUCUUACAAUCCCAAGUACUACCGCGAAACGUCUUUGCGCGGGUAGAUAGUAGGUAAGUACAGCGGUCGCCGUGCAGAUGUGAAAGAAUGUUUUCUGCGUUUGCAUAUGAUGAUGUCCACGUUACCAUUGUAUCACUAGCCAGCCAUGCCAAGGAUCUUUGCGUUUUUCUUCCUUUUCUAUUUGUCGUUUACUUCGCUCAGUUUAGUUCUAGCCAGCUAGUGUAUGCUCCGUCUCAAUGCUUUCGUCACUGUUAGUCAAAUAUACUGCUAUAAUAUGCUAUAACCC